AUGUCCGACAAUAUCUGGCCUCUGAUGAACCCGAAUUCAACUCCCAAUCUUAUUGAUAUUGCGGAGCUUCCAGGUUCGCCAGCUCCAAGGUCUCCGAUCUAUAGUGUAACGAGCCCGCCAUUCCGAACUACCCCCCCGAAAAUACCCUCGAAAUCUUCGGAAAAGUUCAUCGCAAUAGGGAUUGACUUCGGUACAACGUUCUCGGGUGUCUCGUGGGCUUACUCUGAAGAUCCUGGCCUCAUCCACGAAGUCAGUCACUGGCCAUGCGCUGAGUCACAAGUCAAGGAUGAGAUCCAAGUGCCGACGCAGUACGAUCUCGCGGCCAACCACUUUGGGUACAUGAUCUCACGGGAUGCCUUGCCCAUCAAAUGGUUCAAGCUUCUUCUCCUCGAGGCCAAGGACACCAAAGAUGACGUCAAAAACUCCGAGUAUCUCGCAGACGCAAGGGUUAAGCUGGCCGAACGCUCGUUGGAUGUAGUCGAUCUCAUCGCAGAUUAUCUGCGCAAGAUUUGGGACCAUACGCUGAGCGAGAUCAAGACUCAGGUCGAUAUUGAUGCCCUGCCUCUCCGAGUCGCCAUCACUAUACCUGCUAUAUGGCCACAAUAUGCCCGUGAGAAGAUGAAGCAAGCCGCACAAAGGGCCGGCAUAAUGCAAUUCAGACCGAUUGGAAAGACUAGGCUGGAUCUGGUAGAAGAGCCUGAGGCUGCAGCUUUGGCUACUCUACUUGAGAGAAAGAAAUACCCUGAGAUUGGCGUUGGCGAGGUCUUCAUCGUAUGCGACUGUGGUGGAGGUACAGUAGAUAUCAUCAGCUAUAAGGUAAAAUCUAUCGAGCCCUUCCGGCUCGAGGAGGCUGCAAAGGGUGACGGAAAAUUGUGCGGCGCCUUCUUGAUUGACGAUGCAUUUGAGACAUGGAUGCAAUACAAGUCCGGGCUCAAGUUUGAUCAGUGCAAGGCACCCAAGCACGACUUCAGAAUUUUUGUGAACGACGAGUGGGAGUACACCAUGAAACGUGCUUUCUCGGGCAGCGAGACGAACAGUGAAUUCACCCUUCGGCCACCCGCGAGAGCAUUCUCCAAGGUCAAGAGGUGGCGGGGUACAAAUGACAGCUACUCCCUGAAGAAAGAGACCAUACGGCAGUUCUAUGCCAAGACACUAAACGGAGUCCGACAGCUCAUUAGUGAUCAGAAGAAGGAAAUCAUGAGGAAACAUGGCAAAGAGCCGAAGAAAAUACUCCUGGUGGGUGGAUUAGGCUCCUCGAGAUACAUCUACAACAGACUGCAAGCAGAGCACCAGAACGUAUUGCAACCGACACGAGCGUGGUCCGUCGUAGCUCGUGGGGCUGUUAUCGCAGUCCUCCGCAACACAUUCUCAAGCAAGGAGUUCUCCGGAACUACAGACACCAAAGUUAAACACACUCUCUACCAAUUACCCGAAAUCUCGGCGAGGGUGUCCCGAUACAACUAUGGAGUGGAGAAUGGCGUGCCUACCCGCCGGGCAGAUCCACCUGUGGAUAGGUCCUGUGACAGAGUGACAAAGGACCCGGACGGGACUGAGAUAGUUUGGCGAAUGAAUUGGUACCUCAAGCAGGGCGACACAGUCGAUAAUAAGGAUCCGGUAACUUGCGACUUUUACCAAUACGUCAGAGACUCCUCCACAAAGAAGGCAACCUUCAAGAUAAUGACAAGCGACACAGCCCAAGCUCCAGUCCGGAAGGAUCACUCAGUGAAGCAGCUUUGUUCCAUUGAUUGCGAGUUUGAUGUGCCUUGGGAAAGUAUGAAUGUUGUCGCAGGUGUCCGCCGGAUCGACAACCUCAAUCUUACAAUGAGGUUCCAAGGUGAGCCAAAGUGGAGCUUGAAGGUUGGUGAGAAAACAGCGGAGCAGGAUGUAAAUGUCCAAUAUACGGGGGGCUCGGCUUGA